AAGUGGUAGAGCGCCAUUUUGGAAAGUGGCAAAAUCCUACCAAACACUCCUGGAUGCAGGAGCGGACUGACAACUCAUGGGGCCCCCAGGCAAUAGGGGAUCAUGGGGCCCCUGUGUCCUUGCCCAAACUCAAAAAAGCCUAUGAAAAAGGUACCAGAGGCAUCUCAUGGGGCCCCCUACUGACCCCGGGCCCUCGGGCGGUGCCAGAGUUACCAAAUGGUCAGUCCGCCCCUGCAUAGAGGU